UCUAAUGGAUGGAAACUCGUCAGUUCCAGUUUUUGACUCGAAACUGACAAUGAACCCAAUCGUAUUCUUCUGCCUGAUCGCCGCUGCAGUAGCUGCACCUUACAGUGUUCGCGUUGCGGAAGGAGUAGGCUUCGGCCAGCAGUACUCUGUAGAUGAUGUUCCAUUACUUCGUAGUGGACUCGUUCCAGAGUCUUACAAGGCAGGAGAAGUCGAUUAUCCUGUCAACCAUUACGACAAAUUUUUCAAACCAUCGCCCUACGUUUUCAAGAGGGACUACGAACACGCCGUUUCUGGAUAUUCUCGUCCCUUAAGCGGAGAUUUGUUGGAAUUUCCUUCCACGCUAUUUUUUAACCGUUUUUAACAAACCGCCUCACACCAUGGUGUCCAUCAAGGAUAAAAAUACUCAUUUGAUACGAUCACCUAUCUGCGGCCACCAAUACUAUCACCCAUCUCAGCUUCUGUUUAAAUUUUUCAAGUCGAUAACACCCACAUGGUUUAAUUGUUUAUCAAGUCAAUAAAAAAAUUAGAUGUUGUC